GAAGUUGGCUAGUUUUCCACACAAGCACCUCACUACAUUUACCUCCUUUUUUUGAGAGAGGAGAGAAAAAGAAACAAAGUUGUAUAAAGGAGAGGCUGGUGGCAAGAGUGUAGAGGAGUAGCAUAUGGCUGUAAAAGGAGCACAGCUGGAGGUAGCAUUUCCAUCUGAACAUGAUGUCAGAGCAGCUGACAGGCUGCCAUCCCCCAGUCUUUUAUUCUAACGCACAGACUGGGAGUUAGUGUGUGUGCGGAUCUGUGUGCAGGAGGAGGUAUCUCAUUCCCCUCCAACAUCUCCUCCACUUUGCAUCUGUCUCUCACAGUUAGCUUUUUUUCUCUCCUACCCCCUCAUUGAUUCUGCAAAAGAGCUGCAGCCGGCCCAGCUUUUCUACUACAGCGGACUUAAUCAAGUUGAUGCAUACUGCAGGUUAUGAAGACAGCAUGGAGUUCCCAGACCACAGCAGACAUUUGCUACAGUGUCUGAGUGAGCAGAGGCAUCAGGGUUUCCUUUGUGAUUCCACUGUGCUGGUCGGCGAUGCCCAGUUCCGAGCCCAUCGAGCAGUGCUGGCUUCAUGCAGCAUGUACUUCCAUCUCUUUUACAAGGACCAGCUCGACAAAAGGGACAUUGUUCAUCUGAACAGCGACAUUGUUACAGCCCCGGCGUUCGCUCUCCUGCUGGAGUUCAUGUACGAGGGGAAACUCCAGUUCAAAGCCCUGCCCGUGGAGGACGUGCUGGCUGCAGCCAGUUUCCUACAUAUGUACGACAUAGUCAAGGUCUGCAAGAAGAAGCUGAAGUACAAAGCCACUGCGGAGGCAGACAGCACCAAGAAGGAGGAAGACGCCUCCAGCUGCUCUGACAAAGUAGAGAGCUUCUCUGAGGGCAGCACGGGCCACCCCGCAACGGCCGACCUACUGCCCAGUGACGAUGAGGACCUGGAGGCCAAGCAGGACCCCAGUAACCUGUGGAUGAGGCUGCCCUCUGACCGCCCGGGCACCCCAGCCACCGCCACCAGCCCAAGGGAGGCUGACACCCAUGUCAGUCCCCCCAAACUGCAGUCCCCUGCCGGCAGCCCCAGCAGCUCUACUGGCUCCCUGUCCCGGAGAUCCCUGGGCUCCCGUGGCUCCCGAAGCUCUCGCAGAGUGUCGGCAGAUGCAGACUGUGUCCUGGACUUGUCUGUGAAGUCCAGCCUGACGGGGCCCAGCGAGGCCUUGUCCAACAACCCCUAUUUCUGUGGCCGGGUGACGCCCGACAGCCUGCAGGGCACCCUGGUCCAGGUGAAGCAGGAGAAGAACACAGGCUCAGAUGAUGAGGGCCUGGUGAGUGGCGACUAUGAGAUGGACCACAGCGGGCCCAAAGCAACCCCUCCCAGAACCAACGGAGGACUGAACCACCACGGGGUCGGCAGCCAUGCUCACAGACGCCUGGGCCUGGAGGCCCACCUCUCGGCCCUGCGUGAUGCCUCCCUGGCCAGCGAGCUGGAGCGUGACGACAAGGUCAGCGAUGAUGACAUGCUGGGGGGAGAGAGUGAGCGGGCCCAGGUCGAGGCGGCCAGCAUCGACAGCGCCCUGCUGCCCUACGUGUCCAACAUGCUGAACGCUCCUCACACUCAGAUCUUCAUGUGCCCCCUGUGCAACAAGGUGUUUCCCAGUCCGCACAUCCUCCAGAUCCACCUCAGCACACACUUUCGCGAGCAGGAGGGUGUGCGCGCCAAGCCCGCCAGCGAUGUCAAUGUGCCCACCUGCUCCAUCUGCGGCAAGACGUUCUCCUGCAUGUACACCCUGAAGCGCCAUGAGCGGACUCACUCCGGGGAGAAGCCGUACACGUGCACCACGUGCGGUAAGAGCUUCCAGUACUCCCACAAUCUGAGCCGGCACGCUGUGGUGCACACCCGAGAGAAGCCGCACGCCUGCAAGUGGUGCGAGCGGCGCUUCACCCAGUCCGGGGACCUGUACCGCCACAUCCGCAAGUUCCACUGCGAACUGGUCAACUCGCUCUCUGUCAAGAGCGAAGGCCUCAACCUCCCCAACCUCCACAGGGACUGGGCCAUAGAGGAUAGUUCUCAAGAACUGUGGAAGUGAAGCCUGCUGAAAUGAUCAGGACUUUGUUUUUAAGCUAAAUGAGACAGGUGUCAGUGAAGGUUGGGCAGAGAGGUAAGGGGAGUUGGAGCAGGGUAUGGGUGGGAGAGGGGUCUGAAUCAGUCAUGUUUCUUGUACGUAACAUUGCAAAAUCUUGUUAAAUGGCACUUUAAUAGCACAUGAACAUGUUACUACUGUUUUCUGUUCCAGUCCUUUGUUUUAUUCUAUUUUAUUUGUUCUGAUUUUGUUUUAAAAAAUGUAUGUAAACAUGGCCGCUGGUAUCAGUAGCCAGUGUUUAGUUAUUUUUAGAUUUCUUGUGUAUAUACACAUGUCUAUACACUCCUUAAUCUAAGGCACACCUUCAAUGACAACCAUAUGAAGUGUUCAGGUAAUACACACUGAAGUUAGACUAUUAGAAUACACUAAACGGUGUACUGUGAUCAUGAAUAUAUACCAGUACACAUACAUGUGUGUAUAGUGCACUACUCUAAUUUCAUUUUCAAAUUUAAUCUGUGUGAAUGUGUGUGCGUUUAAAUUGUUUUACUCUGCAAAGAGGUCUGAUUUAAAUAUAGCUACAAGCUUCUGUUCCUUAAGCUCUUGUACAUUUUGACUUGUGAUAGGAAACUUGACUGAUGAAAGACAAAUGGCACUCAUGCAAUGUACAGUUUCAUUUUUCACAUUAAUUGAAGUAUUUUCUAAAACCCUUUAUAAAUGAUUAUUUUAGAAUUUCUUAAAUCUCUAUCUGCAGCUUUAAAACAUCCUUUGUUGAACAGAAUUUAAUUUAAGUUGGCUGUAUUCUAUCGGUUUCUGUAGUGAUUAUAUGGAUUUAUUUUUGGAAAAUGGGAUCUGUUAUUGCAUGAAGUCCAACCUGUAUAUUUGAAAUGUGAAUUGCUGUAUUACUGUACACUGUAAUUGAACAAAUAUAGAACAGACUAUGUGAAUACUCCAAGGGUGCAGUCUGUUAAAAAAAGUGAAUUUUACAGCUAUGGAAAAUGCAUGAAUAUGAUUUAUUGACCUUUUGUUGUAGUUUUUUUUUGCAUUUGAGGAGUGUAUUUUAAAUUAACUAAUUAUAUUCUUAUGUAGUUUAUUUCUUUUCUCUGCUCCUUUUGAGAGUCCGUUAGGACUCCUUUAAAAUGUUCUGCUGGGCUGUGAAGAUUUUUUUUGUCAAUGCACUGGUCUUGGGUUUGAGUUUGUGUAACAGUAUGUGAGGUGAAGCUUGUCGUCAGACAGACAGAGGUGGGCAGAAUGCCAGCAGUGACCUAACUAACAAACUAAUCUACAGAAGAUCCCCACUAGUGUGUUUGCCUCCCGUCCACACAGCACUUCGUCACCGUCUACUCUGCUGCAUGGUGGUCAGGGAGUUAAGGUUCCCAACUGCUGUAUCUAUCCAGUUAACGUUCUUCUUUGGUAUUUUCUGCUCUCUCGUUGACAUCAAGUAAGCAUUGUGGGUAAUUGAUUUAUUUAUAUUUUCAUUUGUUUCUAACUGUGGCCAAUGAAAAUGUGUCACACUUUUCUAUCAGAGAGAGACUCACCUGCUCAUAUCUGAGUACUCAUGAAGGUUUAUUCUGUUUCAAAACAAAGCUGAAGAGUCGGAGAGCAGCACUAUGCUUAACAUCACACCCCUAAUUUGUACGUCUGUAUGUAUCUGUUUGGAUGCUCCUAUGUACGUACUGUAUGUACGCACGCGUGCGUGUUUUGUACUGAAAGCGCAAUCCUUACUUUUGAAGGGGGAGAAUUGGCAUGCUUGACUGCACCUUUUAAAGCUUAUUUAACUGAGAUUUAUGCUGAAAAGAUGCCUUUAUGAAAAUUAUAGUUAAAUUUUAGAUUCAAGAAAUCAUGGAUACUAUUACAUUCAAGAGGUGAAAUUAUUGAAUGAACUUUAAAUUAUAAUUUAUCAUUUUUUAAAUUAAAUUUGAACUGUUCUUUAUUUUAAUAUUUUAUUUAGAACUUAUUUUUUAUUUGUUUUUAAUGAAUGAACAUUCUGGGGGAAAAAAUCUGCACUCAAAAUAUUUUUGUGUAGAAAGAUCAUGGAAUCAAGUAAAUGCCCAUUCUUGAGAACUGUCAAACAAAAGCAAAACCUUAACUAUACCCAAACUCAGAUGAUAGUAAGUAGAGCUAUGAAUGUCCGCACUUGUGGGGAGAUACUGGCAUGCCCACACUGGCCCGGGGGUUUGGUUUGCUCUUCAGUGGAUGUGGUGGUGGCAGCAUCAGCUGGUGACAUGGGUGCUCCUUGCCAACUGCACAGAGUGUCAUGGCAUUUUGCACAGUGGUAAUUGAUCUGUUUGCAACCACAAAUAUAUCAUGGAAAAUAUCACAUGUGGAUUAACUCUAUUUGAAGACUUAUUUACAAUUAUUGAUGGCUUUUCUUAUUGUACUUGACCGCCUUAAACUACUGUAAAACAGCUUUUUUUCUCCACGUUGUUAACACUAAGUUUGUAACUGGACUGUUUAUUGACAUUUUUAAAAUAUAAGAAAGUAAGCUGUGAAAUGACCUGAUAAGCAUCUCCAUUUAUCAUCAAUCCAACUUUGGUUACUUGAAAACAGGAAAGGUCCAGUGGGGAAAAACAAAUGUAGAAGACGAUAUACGAAGAGAUGAGGGUGAAUAGAAAUACAUCUGUUGAAAAGGACAAUCACUGUCUGAAAAAGAAGCAGAUUUUUGAUUCAAAUAUAUUUGCUUCCCUGCGAGAUUUUGUUUUUGACAUUGUUCUUUUUCUGGAUUUAGACAUUUUAGCUUUGACAAUCAUAGUAUGUUUUAUGUUCUCAAGGGGAGUAAAUUCUACGGCUGUUUAGUUUUGUACUUUUUUGGUGUGCUGUUGUUGAAAUUUUCAAAUUGUGUGCAAACUGCAAUAAAUUAUAAGAACCUUAACUCAA